UUUGGAGACUCUAACAAGUCCCUAGCAACCUGUUGGGUAAUGAAGGCUCCCACCAGGAAGUGAGGGACUUACUGAUCUCAGAAUGGAAAAGAUAAGAAAGAAGAUUAAGACACAGACAUGCACAGAGGAAAGAUCAUGUGAAGGCACAGGGAGAGGACGGUCCUCUGCAAGCCAAGGAGAGAGGCCUCAGAAGAGAUCAACCUUGAUGUUGGACUUCUAGCCUCCAGUAGUGUGAGAAAGAAAAUUUUUGUUGUUUAAACCACCGAGUCUGUGCACUUUGGUCUCGUAGCCCUAACACAUUAAUACCUGUAUUUUCCUUAAUGGAAACUGAACAGUUCCAGAGAAAAGUUCUCUGUAAUGUGAAAUUUUAUGGGUAUCUCCUAAUGACUGCUUCACUAUCUGAUCACACAAAAAGGAGGGCUGCUUGGUGACAGGGUCCUUGGCCUUCACAAAGAGUUUCCAUUCAGUUUUGCAUUGCCUAAAAUAUGAGAAUACAACUCUUCAUACAUAGUGUUAUCUUAAAAGAUUUAGGGGAAGUCUCCAACAUAAAACAGAGGAACCAAGAUAAAUACAAUUACCAAAUCACCUAUCCAAAAUAGCUAGGGAAGUCACUUAACCUCUCUGGUUCUCAUUAAAACCAAAUGUCCUCUUCUAAGUCAUUUCUCAGUGAUUUGAUGAGAUCUAACUUCUGGCAAAAUUGUGGGGAGUUAGCAGCUCCUCCUCCUCCCCCUCCCCCUCCGGGAUCUAGGCAUUUUGUUCCUCAGCCCUAGUCAGAGCCACUUUGCCUAACCAACUACCUACUGUAGAAAAAUCUCACAGUAAGAAUAAAACAGUGAUGAGAGAGCCAGCCUGGAACAACAUCCUCCAUAUGUCCCAAGAAGAGAGAGAUGUGAAGAGAUUUGGGGUUAGUCAAAGCCUAGAAUAUGUUGUAUCUUCUCUGGAGAAAGCUCUCAGUCCUCCCCAGCUACACCCAUGGUCUUAUCCCUUUCCUAGUUCUUCCUGUGUAUCCAUUUACCUGAAUUUCCCCUUCCAAAUCUACUGUCACCUCCUUGUUGACAUCUAAGCUGAAAUAUGCCAGUGGGGAUAGAGGAGAGUUCAUCUCUUACCAACAUAAAACAAUUUUCUUCUAAAAGCUCAACCAGUUACCAUAAUAAUGAUCCAUUAACAACUCUGAGCUUCCCCAGAAGACACAUUUCUUUCUCUGUUCUCUUAUGUCAAAAGUACAUUCCAUGGAGCAAUGUUCCAGUUAGGGGUUGAUUAAUCUAAAAACUGCCAGAAUUUCUCUUUCUACCUUUCUUUGUUUCUAAGAGCAGUUGUGGAUUGGUAUAGACCCAAAAUAGAAGUUGAAAUACGCCUUGCAUCACUUGUCAUGUUAGCUACAAAGGAAACAGCAGAGGUAACCAGAAAUGAGGAACAGGAAAUUUCUGAUAAACAACUCUGCUGGUUAUCUAGAAGCUGAAUUGAAUCAUAGACACCAGAGUUUGGAAUUGCAUUUUGAAUUACAGAAUUAGAGGUAAGUGCCUCCCACCUAUAUGAUAGUGUCAACUUAUUUCAAAAUUUGAGUGCGGUUUUGUAGGCAUUCCAUUCUGUAGUAGUGCUGGAGAGCAUUUAUUUAUCAGGAUCCCCUGCAGCACAUUUGAAUUUGGAAAAGGAAAUGAUUAAAACAACAAUAACAACCUGGGUGCUCCUGAAAUGGACACUAUCAUGGAUGUUAAUAUUUGGAAGUAAUAUAAAUGAGGUUAUCUUUUUACGGGCUCAGUAUUCAUCAGUGAAAACAUGCAACUGAUGAAUUCAGUCCUAUAAUCAAGCAGUUUAAACCUUUACCAAUAUAGACUGGGAGGUUAGAAUGCAUGCUUCUGUCAUGGGUUUGCACUGAGUAGACAGAUGAUGAUUGUUUAACUCAUGCACCUCUCACUGGUCCUUUCUUUCUCUAAUCUGGGAACAGAAAAAUCCACAAUUAAUUUCAGAUUCUGAGAUCAGAGACAAAGGAGGAACAGUGAGGUUCUGGGAGAACUUAAAAUCUUUGCUCUACCCCUGACUGACUCUGGUUUAUGCCCCUUCAUCGUGAAAAUAGCUCUUGCAUCAUUUUAAAAACUUGAGCAGUGUUUCAAAAGAUUUAUUGGUCUUGCCUUUUCAGUCUCAUAAUUCCUUUGUUUGUUCUUGAGAGGAAAAAGCAGAUAGAGGCUUAAAAGCUGGAUGUCCCUGCACUCCCAUCUCCUUGUUCUUUAUUCUUAUCCAGCCAGAAAGGUGACGGGACACUUUGCCUCUAGCAGAGGGAUAUUUUCAGAUACUGAGUUGCUGCCUGAGACAACUGGUCAGAGAAGUGAGAAGGGAGAGGAAAGGGGAGGAUCCAGAGUCACCCCUAUAACUGAUUGCUGCUUUCCCCACAGGACUGUGUGUUGAUAGACCUCCCUUCCCUCGCACUUUCCCCAUCCUCUCCCUUCCCAUUCACUGUCUCUUUUCUGACCUUUGGUUUGGCCUUUCGUAGUAAGAGGUCAAAUCUCUUGGGAAAUCUCAUUCAAGAAUUUUUGUCAAUGGACAAGUCAUAAGAAGCCCUUCCAUUUUAGGGCUCGUUGACGUCACCAAGGAGGCGAUAAAUAUCUGUUGAUAUAAUUGGAUGUGAGAUUCAGUGUUGAGAUAGCAAAAAUUCUGCCCCUCGUUCCCUGGCAGGGCCCUAUGAUUUAUGCAGGAGCAGAGGCAGCACGCAAUCGAGCUGUCAAGAGAGCGUCAGCUUAUUAGGCAAAUGCUGCGUGGUUUCUGAAGAGGGUCGACGCUAUAAAAUCCCACUCCAGGCUCUGGUGUGGAGAAACUCAGAGCCCAAGUCCGUUGAGAGACUGAACAGAAAGAGAAGAGGGAGAGAAAAAGAGAGUGGGAACAAAGAGAAGGGAAGAAAAUCCCCUGAAAAAGCCCCGGAGACGUUCCUCUGCAGAGAAUCGCAGCGCCUGGCUCACCUGCAGAAGCGCCUCAGAAGCGCCUCUGACAUGCGGCUGCCGCUGCUCCUGUCCGCGGGCGUCCUGCUGGUGGCUCUCCUGCCCUGCCCUCCAUGCAGGGCCCUCCUCAGCCGGGGGCCCGUCCUGGGGGCCCGGCAGGCUUCGCAGCACCCCCAGCCCCUCGAUUUCUUUCAGCCGCCGCCGCAGCCCCAACAGCCCCAGCAGCCGCAGGCUCGGCCCGUCCUGCUCCGCCUGGGGGAGGAAUACUUCCUCCGCCUGGGUAACCUAAAUAAGAGCCCCGCUGCCCCCUUGUCGCCCGCCUCCUCGCCUCUCGCCGGCAGCCGCCUUUCGCCGGACGAGGUGGCGGCCAACUUUUUCCGCGCGUUGCUGCAGCAGCUGCCGCUGUCCCGGCGCCCGCUCGACAGCCCUGAGCAGCCGGCGGAGCGCGGUGCCGAGAAUGCCCUCGGCGGCCGCCAGGAGGCACCGGAGAGGGAGAGGCGAUCCGAGGAACCUCCCAUCUCGCUGGAUCUCACCUUCCACCUCCUCCGAGAAGUCUUGGAAAUGGCCAGGGCUGAACAGUUAGCACAGCAAGCUCACAGCAACAGGAAACUGAUGGAGAUUAUUGGGAAGUAAAACGGUGCGUUUGGCCAAAAAGAUUCUGCAUUUAGCACAAAAAAUAAAAAUAAAAAAUAAUACGGUAUUCUGUACCAUAGCGUUGCUCUGAUACCAUUUGUUUAUUUUUAUAUAGCUUGAGACGCCCACACUCCUUAAGUAGCAUGCACAAAGUAUAUUCACCUGCAGUAACAGCAACAUGGCGUAAUUUGUAUUGUCUACUUUUAGUUUCUAUUUCCAGGUGUCUUUAACGGUGUUUUAAAGAGAGUAUAGACCCAGGGGGAAACAUUUUGAAGAAGGAGACAAGUCACCCCGUUGAUCUGGUUGUGGUCUGAGCCAACGAGAUUGUCAUUCUCUUGGGUGGGUGAGAAAAAGAGCUGUCAGCUCUUUGAAUCAACUUUUCCUUGUAAAUGUUUCCGUAAUAAAACAUCUUUCCUCUUGGUCAAUGUGGGUGUGUAAGAGAAUGUUGAAUAUUUAUAUUUCUAAUAAAAGCUGCAAAGGUAAUCAUGA